GUUAAUCAUUCCAAACACAACCAUUACUGAGUAAUCAUUCAACUAAAUUCAGUUUCAAGCCACCCACAAUUUUUCAAAAAUGCGUGCCUUCAUCGUCCUCUGUUUAUUCACCGUUUCCUGUGCGGAUAAGUUGGGCUACAACUAUCGCCCUGUAGGACACUCCGAUGCUGGUCUUUCGUUUGCACCAGGUGGUAGCAGUGGCGGACUUGGUGGACUGGGUAGUUAUGGUGGACCAGGAGGUGACGCAACACAAGUUUCACCUUCUUAUUCCGCACCUUCCGCUGAAUUCGACAAGGAGUUCUACAGCUAUACCGCUGAUGAGGAUGAUUUCAAUGAACCCGCCGGCAGUGAACAACUGGAUGCUUUAUUGAAAAAGAAUCUGCGUGUUGUCUUCGUUAAGGGACCCGAAAAUAAUGGUUUGGAGAACGCCGCCCUCAAUCUUGCCAAACUUGCUGCCGAACAGAAGACCGCCAUCUAUGUUCUACAAAAACAAGCCGACUUGGCUGAUUUGGCCAACAAAUUGCAGUCUCAACACGACCUUACAGGUCACAAACCCGAUGUACACUUCGUCAAGUACCGCACACCAGAGGAUAGGGAGUAG